AACUGCAGAAUGCCCUCUAUCAGAUAGCGUGGAGGAGAAUGGAGAGAUGGCCACUGAACAAAUGCUCAUCGUGGACAAGAAGGCAGACGAGAGCAAAAUGUCCCCUUCAAAGGAUCCUGAAACUGUAGCAAGGGAGUCUCUUGAGCUUCAGAAACUCACACCUUCUCAGUUUGGGAUUACUGUGCAAAGUUUCAACCCAGUAGCAUCUGGAAGCAAAGAAAAAUCUCAUUUGGCAAAAUUGAAGGCAAGAAGAAGACGUUCUAAUGUAGGUGUGAGAGGCUCACCAGAAACAAACUCGCUCAUCCGCUUCAUUGCACAACAAAAACUGAAGAAUUCCUCCAACUGUCAAACUCCAGAGCAGCUUGUCAGAGGUAGCCCCUUCCUUCCUCGAGUAGCAUCCACCCUGAAGCAGAAAAUAGCUUCCUUCCAGACUUUGGUGUUUGUGGAGGAGAGCGAGGUUUGCGAUCAGGAUGACAACACUGGUGGAUGCAUGACGACAAAGGAUUAUCUUUCUGAUGAACACAACCAAGAAGGGAAAGAGAACCACCAUCGAGCAGCGUCACCCACACCCAGCAAGAAGCGUCGUGUGGGCCCCCUCAAAGGCUGUGAAGUGCAGAUUAGAGUUGCACACACUCCAGACCUUCCCUUAAAUGGCAGAGACGAGGAGGGAAAUAAGGAGCCAGUGGCAGAAUGCAAUAAUGAUGUCAAAACAGAACCUGUGCCAUCAAGUGAGACUGAAGAAGAAACCCAACCUGUGCUUCCUUGUACACCUCUUCGUGGUUACCGUGAGCGACACAUGUCCUUGGAACAUUAUGCCUUUUCCUCCAAAAACAACCAACAGGAAAAUGUGUUUGAACCUCAAAGCCCCAGCCGACCACAGCCUAGUGACCUUACAUCACUUUCACCAGAGGAAUCUUUCUCUGUUUUCCAGUUCUCUUCGCUCCCCUCUCAAUCAUCCGAAGCAAGCGAGUCGUCUGGGGCAUCUGCAGAAAAGAAGAAAAAGAAGCGGGUGCAUUUUGGAUGCCCACUUUCCCCUGAGUUUUUUGAUACGCAACUGCCUCCCAGCACCCCGUUGCAGAAAGGGCAAACGCCAGCUCGAGCCUCCACACCAGGUGGGAUCUUAAAGAAGACACCGCAGAGGAGUGAGUCUUUUACUCCACAAGCCCAGCGAGAUCUUUGCAGUAUGUUUGGUGCCUCCCCGGCACCAAUGUCUGCAAUGUCUCAUGACCACAGAAUGCUCCACAUGGCGGAAGAUGGGGUGGAGAAGUUUGAAAAGAUCAUUUUUCCUUCAACAGAAGACAGUGAUUCUACAAUUAUGCCUGAUACAGAAUUGAUGAAUUAUACCCAGCUGAAUUUAAAAGAUGCUUUCGAUGAUGAGGCUCUUUCUCCAGCAGUACCAACAGACGUGAAGUCUGAAAUAAGGCCAGCCUAUGAGUCAAACGCCCUGAACGAGCGUGAGUCUUUGUCAGAGGAGAAACAACCUGAGGCUGUCGGUGACGCUGCACCCAGAUUGAAGAACUGGGAAAAUAAGGCAGCAGAAGAAUCUGAAUCUACAAAUGAAUUUCCAGCUGCUCGUACUCGUAAGAGGAAGCUUCCUGAAAAGAGCCAGCCUGUGAGGAGGUCGACGCGCUCUGCUGCCAAGCCUUCUGAGACGAUUAAACUGGCCUCUAAAGCAGCAGCACAUCGGUGGAAAAGGGAAGUCAACCUUUCUCUUUACGGCUCUCGAACAUAUGCAUCCAAGAAUCCUAGCCUCAGUCCCAUCACAGAGUUGUUCCAGUCAGUAGCAGCACAGGGCUGUCUCCCUACUAGCUGUGCAGAUGAAAGUGCAUACUUGAAGAAUAACGCCAGUGAGUCAGAAAGCAGUGGCCCCGGGACUUCAGUAUGUAUUGGUGAGAGUUCAUCAGAAGCGCCCUUCUCCUCUGGCAAAAAAGCCUCAGGGACUAACAGGUCCUCAUCAAGGCCCAGGACCACAAGGCGAGGAUUAAGGAAGGGCAGAGUUUCAAUGCACGAUCUGCUACAUGUGGAGCCUCAGAUGCAGACCGAUGAGAAGGCAAGCGAGAACCGUGAAGAAGAGGUCACUACAAACACUGCGGGGUCAAUAGACGACCCAUCAGAACAAGUGUCGGAUGAUGCUGAAGAACAUUGCACCCUAAUAUUUGCUGACACAACCAGCGCACACGCAGAUCCAAAUUCAGAUUGUUGUCAUUUGGUCGUUGAAGGCUCCACCUCAGCCUGCUUGUUAGGAGGAGAACAAACCAGUACAGUGGCCUUGACAAGCACGUCCCCCCGGACAACCCAGCAGGCUCAAAAUAUGUCAAGAUGCUUGGGGCGCUCUGUGAACCCGGCAGAGGAACAACCUCAAGCGGAAGCAGAAACACAGCCCAAAACAAACAGCAAUUCAUCGUGUGAAUCUCCUGAAGAGGAGGCACAAGUCGACUGUGGCCCGGCCUCCUGGAAGGCGGACUUCAAUUUUGAGGAUGUCUUCAAACGCAGGGGACAGCGCUCAGUGCGCCGCAGCCUACGGAACCAAAGGAACACAGAUAAUGACUCAGGUCUGUCCUGGGUGCCUCGGAUCUCACCUGAAAUAAGAAAAAGAACCGUCAAGAAGAUGCAGAAUCGCAGAUUCAGUUCGAUUGUUUAACCAGUCGCCACUGUCUGAGGACACUGAGCACGCCACUUGCUCGUAGUUUGACAGUUUUUGCAUUCCACUCAAAUAUUACUUACAUCAUAUCGUUUUUCCUUCUGAAUUAAUUUGCCUGUUUUGCAAGGUUGUUGUUUUAUGGGAUUAAAGUGCUGAUUCAUUCUCCUUAACCAAUCAUUUGCAUCAUUCGUCUAUGCAAGCCACUCAAUAUACAGCGAGCCCAAUCAUUUAUGCUGACCUCCUCUCAAUCAAUAUCCAACCACGCAUUUCCCCUCUCACUAGAUCCAGUCUCAAUGAGUCAAUAUUUUCUCUUAGUGGAUAGAUGAAGACGGCCUUAGUGCAGUACCAAUCUGUCAGACGAGGUUAGAGGCUACUGGAUUAAUGUGAACGAAAUGGCAGGAAGGGCUAAAUGAGCCCUUGAGUCAUUCUCUGCUGUUGGGGUAACCAGGAGUCGUGGUGGAAAGCAGGAAUAAAAGCAAACCUAUG